ACCGAUCCACCGGGCAAGGAGCCUCAGCUCAGCUCUGAUUCCUGCAUUGGGCGCUUUGACUUCUAUUGAGUUCGACCUCGCCCGAGUUAUUUCCCUGUGCCUUCAAACAGAGCAGUUCUCUGAAAGCAUCAUCCGCAACCUGAUCCUGAGCUGUUGGGUUGGGAGCUGGCCAGCAUUGAGCGUGAAGCAACAACUGACAGGCCCAUCAUGAUUUGCAACAUCUGCACUGAGGCGUUCGACGAGGGCGAGCGGCUGCCCAAAGUGGUCAUACCAUGCGCGCACUCCGUGUGCCUGAAGUGCCUGCAGCAGCUGAGCGACAAGAAGUGCCCGACGUGUCGUCAGGCGUUCCAAGGCCCACCGGGAAAGUUCCCCAACAACUUCGCGCUGCUGCAGCUUCUCGGAGAUGUCAAACUCAGGAGCGACAAGCCCCGCCCCCGCGGCUGGUGCUUCAAGUGCGGCGCAGCCGCCGCGCCCCAGUGCUGGGCCGAGCACGAUACCCUGGCCGUCGGCGCGGCUCUGAAGCGGCGCUUGGAGGGCGUGCUGCCGCGGGCUGCCGGCCAGCUCCAGGGCCUCCAGGACCAGGUCCAGGAGGAGCAGGCCGCGCAGGCCCUCACCUUACUGGGCGGCCAGUCCUGGGGCCUGACACUGCGGGGCGGGAACCACGUGUUCUCGGGUACUCUCGGAGCCAUCGAGGACCCCGUGACGCAGGCCUUGCUGCUCGGUGUGGCGGCCAAGGCAGGACUAACGGAGGCUACAAGCAGCAAGGGAAAAUAUGAGGUCCAUUGGGACUGGGACCGAACCGAUUCAGCCAAGGCCAAGGAUCAGGCUGACAACGUGGAAUUAGUUCGUGGGGUGGAACGGCUGAUCAACGUGGACUUUUAUGACAAUGCCCCCCUCGAGGUGCUGCAGGCGGUUGCGCCGACAGUAGAACACCUGAGUGUGUCCUUUGCCACCACUGCUGCGCUCCGCGAGACCUGCGCCAUGCCGCGACUCAAAAGGCUGCAAGUGAUCGACUGCAGUUCUGACUUUUGCGACAAGGACGAUGCAGAUUCUAAUGCUGUUCCCCUGCCACCACUCCCCGGCGGACAAGCGCGCCUGCAGUGGCUGGAGGUGCUGUCCCCGCGCCGCGCCCUCCUGGAGCUCCUGCUGCCGGCCCAUCGCCUCACGCUGGAGGUGCUGCAGCUGGACAGCUGUCAUCCGAGCGAUGAGUAUAAAAUGACGUGCAGCAAGCUGUCCGCUGUGCUGAAGCUGUGCGAUCUGCGUGCACUGAGGAGGCUCGUGCUGAUAAAUAUGCUGCCCGACAUGCAUUACACGUACGAAGAUCACCUGCGCGUUAAAGAUCACUGCUCGAGGCAGCGCAGCGUGCUGCUGCGGGUACUGCCCGCGGGGGCUGAGGUGCUCUGCUGGCUGUGUGACGGCGAGGAGGGUGCGCCGCUGAAGGAAGUCUUCUAGGCGAGCGGGGGUCGGACCAUGCCGUCGGCGCUACCGGCGCUGCGCAGCACGCGCACACCGCACCGGGAUUGAAAGUUUUCCGAAAGUUUUCUAUUAUUUUUUCUAAAAUUAUCUAGUUAAUUAUAAUUAAAUAAAAAUGAUUAUGUCCAACUCUU